AUGCUUCCACACACACAAAACCCCUACUGGCACGAAUUCGCCGAGAUCUCCAAAUACAACGGCGGCCUAAACUACUUCGAACGAUUAUGGGCCGCAUGGUAUGCCUUCAUGGGAAAUGACGUCCUCGCGACCGGAAUUAUGAGCUUUGUCAUGCACGAGGUGGUAUACUUCGGGCGUAGUCUGCCGUGGAUUAUCAUCGACCAGAUACCGGCCUUCAACAAGUACAAGAUCCAGGCCGAAAAGGUCCCAUCAGCCAAGGAGCAAUGGGACUGCGCCAUGCUUGUGCUGCUCGCCCACUUUACCGUCGAGCUCCCACAGAUCUGGCUCUUCCACCCAAUGGCUCAAUUCUUCGGCCUGCAGACCACCGUUCCAUUUCCCUCCAUCUGGACCAUGGCCUAUCAAAUCGUAGCCUUCUUCGUGUUCGAGGAUGCAUGGCACUACUGGAUGCAUCGCUCGAUGCACUGGGGACCAAUAUACAAAAAUAUCCACAAGAUACACCACCAGUACUCCGCGCCUUUCGGCCUCGCCGCUGAAUACGCAUCGCCUAUCGAAGUCAUGGUUCUCGGCUUCGGCACAGUUGGUGUCCCCAUCGUGUGGUGCGCCAUCUUCAAGAACCUCCAUGUCCUGACCAUGUACAUCUGGAUCGUCCUCCGCCUCUUCCAAGCAAUCGACGCACAUUCCGGAUACGACUUUCCAUGGAGUUUACACCGCUUCCUUCCCUUCUGGGCAGGCGCCCAGCACCACGACGUGCACCACGAAAAAUUCGUCGGCAACUACGCCAGCUCUUUCCGAUGGUGGGACUGGGUUCUCGACACCGAAGGCUUUCCAGAGGCCGUGAAGCGAAGACGCGACAGGAAGAUUGCGAAGCUAAAGGCGCAAGGCAAGGCCGAGUAG